GUCAUCACUUGUGUCAACAAAACAUUGACAAGUGUAAAAAUAAUUUUGUUCGCCACCCGUUUUGUGUUUUUACUCAAUUUAUUUAGCGAAAUCUAUCUUUAGACGACAAAAGGUAGUUCAGUUUCGGUAAUUAAACAUGGCUAACUUGAAAUCCGAGUUAGAUGAGUACAUGCUUCAAAAAGAAAGUCGUCGAGGGUACUUCACUCUUCCAAGUUUUUCGACACCCAGUUUUCUUUCAAGAAGUUCCGAAGAUAGUAGCCCCACAGUCAGUGAGAGCUCGACAUGGUUUCAAAGAGUGCAAAAUGACUAUUUUACCCUGAGCCGAACACAACGGUUUAUGUGCUUUGGCGUUUGCCUUGGAUUGGGAAUACUUUGCUUUAUAUUGUCAUUCAUAUACAUUCCGGUGCUACUGCUGCAAGCAAAAAAGUUUGUGCUGCUCUUUACUCUAGGCAGCUUAUUCUUCCUACUUAGCUUUAGUUUUCUGUAUGGACCAUGGGCUCAUAUGAAAUCGUUAUUCUCUAAGGAGCGAGCCCUGACUACAUCACUAUACGUCAUCACAAUGGUGGCCACUCUGUACUGUGCGCUCUCCCUGAGAAGCACCCCGCUCACUGUGGUAUGUGCGGUGGCGCAAGUAAUCUCCCUGUUCUGGAUGAUGACGGCAUCGAUUCCUGGAGGAUCUACAGGAGCAAGAUUCUUCGGAAACAUGUUUAAGUCAUCGGUUUCUAACACCUUGCCUAUUUAACACACAUGUGGAUGGAUUUUUGCAUUUAUUUGGAUUUUAUGACAGUGAACAGUGCAACUAUUAGAAUCUUAUGGUUGGGUUCUUUCUACUUUUUGAGGGAUACAUUUUAGAUUGAAUAAGACUGAUUAACAAAAUCAGGUAUAAUAAUAUUAUUAAAAACAUAAAUAUUGCCAGUUUAUAAUCUAUUUUUAAUUACAAGAGAAUGGUGUAAUCAGUAAUUAUUAUUUUUAUAAAAGUGAGAACAAAAUUUAUGAGGUAAAUAUUGAAAAUGCUUCAAUUAAUUUUAAAGGGUUUAUGAUUAAAUGUGUGUUGAGUUGAGGU